ACGACGAUUAUCUCACACCACAGUAUCGCCUCCAGACACAUCAUGCCAGCCUGCGUCUAUCAACGGGUUUAACUCUUGACGAGGUCGAAUUUUAAAUCGACGCCUGGCAGUGUUUGACAAUUGUCCAAAUCAUCUUUUGCCAUCAUGGGCAAUGAUGGCGGCUCCAUCCCCAAGCGACGGGAGCUGGUCAAAUCGGCCGCUCGCGCUCUCACCAUCAGCGAGAUGAAAGCCAACGCCCACGAAUCCCUCGGCCACGCUUGGGCUCACGAUCCGCUCACCAACGAACGGCUCGACAUGGACAACAUCGUCUCCGACUGGCGCGGUCGUCUCUACAACUACGAGACCAUCCUCAAAUCACUCAUGCCUUCCGACGAGCACCCGUCAGCGGACGCUCCCCACGACCCGUCUACCGAUGGCUACGCCGGCCUAACCUUCGCAUCCACAGGGAUCCGAUCGCUGCGCGACAUUGUCAAGCUCAAGCUCACACGGUCUGGCGACAAGGGGAAAGACGUGCGGAUCUGCCCCAUAUCGCUCAAGGAGCUCGGGCCGGCUACGAAGGCCGUCUACCUAGUCCCCUGCGGCCACGUCUUCGCAGAGCUGGCGAUUAGGGAAAUCCGAGAAGAACUGUGCCCCGAGUGCAGCGAGCCUUUCAAGAGCGAAAACGUCGUGCCCAUACUACCGGGCGACGAGGCGGACCUCAAGAAGCUAGUGCGGCGUAUGGAUGACCUCCGCGCUGCUGGUCUCACCCACGCAUUGAAGAAGGACAAGUCGGCGGGUAAGAAAAAGCGCAAGGCGAAGGACAAUGCGGAGGGCGAGAAUGGGAAGAGCUCGUCGGCAGAGAAACGGCAAGCCACGGAGGAGGCGGUCAAGUCUGCCAAAAAGGAGGCGCCGAGCAGGACGAGCGGGAUCAAUAACCCCCUUGCGGCAUCACUGACGGCCAAGGUGAUGGCCGAACAAGAGGAGAUAAGCAAAAGACGGAAAUUGGUAGCCAGAGCAUGAAAGGUAAUUUGCUCAACUUGUGACGGGAUAUGACUGAGAUGAUGCAGACGUGUAAGAUCAGAAAAUAAGUCACUGAUACCCUUUUUUGAUUUGGACAAACGGUGGUUUUUUUUUUUUCCCUUCUGGAAAAUGCAAGUGC